ACUCCUGCUUGGGCGGGAGCCGUUGUUGACUGGGGUUUUCUGGGUAACCCGCCAGAGGCUGGACGGCGGGGCCGGGGAGGGGGCAGACGGGGGUGCGGCCCUCCAGUGCCCGCUGCAGUCCGGCCCCGGGGGGCGGUGAAAUAACCGCUGUAGGUCCGCCUCUGUCCUUGAUGGAAUUUAAGUUCGUGUGGCUGUACCUUUUCCGGGAGUCUGCAGCUGGCCCUCGUUUGUGUCAGGAGCGCAGUGUAGCCAGGAGUUCCCAAGCAGACUCAGUCGCACCAAGUUUCCGUCUUGGAAUCGAGAGAGGUUUUCCUAGUUUUAUGUAUUUUUUUCUUUUGGGGGGCCAGUUUUAAUCGCUUUGAAUAAAUACUCCCUUAAAUAGCUAAACAUAGGAGGAGAAAGAACACGUCGGCUGAAAAGUAGGGGAGGAAGAGGGACCUGCCCUAUAGCGUGGUUCCUCUAGAAAUUAAAAAAAUACAUAAAUAUUAUACAUAUAAGCCAGAUAAUUUUAGUAAAGCCCUAAAAUGUCGAGAUUUGUACAAGAUCUCAGCAAAGCGAUGUCUCAGGAUGGUGCUUCACAGUUCCAAGAAGUCAUUCGACAAGAGCUAGAAUUAUCUGUGAAGAAAGAACUAGAAAAAAUACUUACCACAGCACCAUCACAUGAGUUUGAGCACACUAAAAAAGACCUCGAUGGAUUUCGGAAGCUAUUUCAUAGAUUUCUGCAAGAAAAGGGACCUUCUGUGGAUUGGGGGAAAAUCCAGAGACCUCCAGAAGAUUCG